GGGUGUGGCUAGAUUCAAAAUGGCGCUAAAUGUAUUUGUUACUGUUAAAAGAGCAAGCUCCUCUAUCUUACCUUCCACUGUAUGUGAAACCUCUGUGGCAUCUACUGUUUGGGACUUAUUAGAGCAGCCAUUCAUGUUAAAUAAGCCUACACUCACAGAAGUUGCUAGAGUAUUUUGAUAGUUUGUUUUAAAAAGUUGUGGUUAACUAACAGUUAUUAAAGUUAAUUAAUAAGUAGUUAAUUAAUUUCAUUGUUUAUAUUUUAAUUUAUUCCGACCGGCCUGCUCUAUUUUAGAGAAAAAAAAUCCGUAAAACAAGUAAUUUAGUUUGAAUUGCCUAAUAAUAAUAUUAUUGACAUGACUCACAUUGUAUUCCUCACACAUAUAUGGCCAGGUAUGAGGGCAUCAACGAAAUAAAAUAGCUGAUUUGUGUAUAAUGCAGGUAUGGGGAGCUUCAUUAACAUUAAUUACAAUUUUUAGCUAUUGCAAUAUAAAUUGAUGUGUAUAGUGCAUGAACAAUAAAAUAAUAAAUUCCGGAUGAGGGCAGGAAAUGAAAAAACAAUGAAUCUAAUUGGAGUAGCCUAAGCAGCAAAAAUUACUUACAGAUAUAAACAAGUGCCACAAAAUUAAACAAUAACAUUGAAACUACAUGUACAUGCAAAUGUAGCCAAGUGCAUCGCACUGUGACUGUAUCUACUUCAAUAAACAAUAGCAUAAGAAAGCCACUUGCACUACUACCUACCUAAAGAUGAACAUCUUAUUGAUAAUCCUAUCAGUUGUACUAGUCACUACAUUGACUGGAUCUACUAACAAUUACUACAAUGAACCUACUGGUAAUAAAGGAUUCACAGAUUGUUCUCUUACUAAGAAAUUUGCCCAAUUCUUUAAUGUAUCAUUAACUUCAUAUACACUAAAAAGAGGAGACAGGAUUCACUGGAAUGCAGAUCUACAGAUUAAGAGGACCAUACAAUGGGGUAUACUGCAUUUCACAAUGAUACACCAAUUCAAGAAUUAUACUAAUAUUACUUUUCUUGAUGAUAAAUUUAAUUUAUGUGACUUCUUUGUGGAUUUAACCAAUAAACACUGUCCAAUACAACCAAGAAUGUAUCAUUUAUACUAUCAAGCCCAAAUCCCCAACCUCUUUUGGCCAGGUAGGUAUUAUACCAAAGGUACUGCAUACAAUGAGGAAGGAGAGGAAAUGGGGUGUCAACAGACAGAAGUUACUAUCAAAUGACUGGAAUAUUAAAUAUACUUACUGACUUAGUUAUUUGAAGUUUUUAAUGUCUUUUUUGAACAUUUUGCCAGAAUAAACAAAAGGACCAUGAA